AUGGCAGGCGACGAGUACUCCGUCGGCGGAGGCAAACUCAAGCUGAAAGGGAGUAAAGUGAGUAGCGGGCGGGUAGAGAAGAAAAAGAAGAAGAGCAGCAGCAAGAAGAAGGAAGAAGGGUUACAAUCGACGACUGGUACUCCUGACGAGGGCCAGGGAAGUGAAAGAGAAGAGAAAGGAGAGGGUGAGCGGGUUAGGUCUGAGGAGAGGAGUGAGGGCGAUAUGCCUGCGAAGACGGAAGCGGAGAGGAAGGCCGAGGAGAUUAGGAGGAAACGGAUGCAUGAGCGGCUUCAGAGGGAGGGGAUUAAGACGCAUAAGGAGAGGGUUGAGGAGUUGAAUAAGUAUCUCAGUCGGUUGAGUGAACAUCAUGAUAUGCCGAAGAUCGGACCGGGAUAG